AUGAAGCAACGUCUUGUCUACAUGCACCAGCGGGCAGCCGACGGCACAUUGAGUGUCACCGACCAACUUCUUCGACAUGCGCUUGCCGAGCCGCGGUAUGCAACGAAUGAAAAAUUCUAUAUGGGUGGCUGUGGAUGCUUCGGGACGCCGAGGGAGUAUUCGAAAAUCCUGGCUAUGCUGCUCAACAACGGAACCUGGCCGAAAACGAACGCGCAGAUAUUGAAGUCAGAAACGGUACAGCAAAUGCUUACCGACCAGAUCCCACAGUAUCCGAUCUACCACAAUGACUAUUGCCAAUCGGCAAAACCUACACUGGCCAACAGUUGUCCGAUUAUACCUAAACCCAGAAACUCGACCGAUGGAUGGGGCCUUACAUUCAUGUUGAGCCAUGAGAAAAGCGAAACUGCUAGGGAAGCUUGUUCAGCGUCUUGGGAGGGCCUGGCAAAUUUAUACUGGUUUGCUGAUCGCGUGAAUGGCAUUGCGACGAUCUUCGCUACUCAGAUUCUUCCAUACGGCGAUCUCGAAGCCGUCAAGCUUUUUCAAGCGAUUGAGAAGGAGGUGUAUGCAAGCUGUGGCUUGACGACUGGGUAG